AUGUACGGACGAGGACGAAGCGGGGAGGCAAGUUUGAAAUUGGAUCGAAAGAUGAAGUUGGCGUUGUUGUUCCUCUCGGCCCUUCUCGCCGUUGAAGCCGGACCGGCUCAGAAACGAGAAUCGAGGAGCGGGAAGCUGCUCGUUUGCUACUACGGGAGCUGGGCGGUUUAUCGGCCCGGAGACGGGAAAUUCGACGUGGAGCAGAUCGACCCGACCCUCUGCACCCACCUCGUCUUCGGGUUCGCCGGGCUCAGCUACGAGAACAAGAUCCACGCUCUGGAUCCGUGGAACGAACUCGUCGACGAGUGGGGCUCCGGGAAAGAUGCAUACCGACGAUUCAACGCGUUGAAGACCGUGAACCCGGGAAUGAAGACCAUCUUGGCCAUCGGAGGAUGGAACGAGGGAUCCACCAAGUACUCCCAGAUGGCAGCAGAUCCCGCCAAGAGAGCGACAUUCGUGACGAGCUGCGUGGACUUCCUCCAGAAAUACGGAUUCGACGGACUGGACAUGGACUGGGAAUACCCGGCCAACAGAGGAGGCACCCCCGCCGACAAGGUCUCCACACUCCGCCCUCCACCGGACGCGAACUUCGUGCAGCUGCUGCGAGAGCUGAAGGCAGCUUUCAGGCCCCACGGGCUCUUGCUGACAGCCGCCGUCUCGGCCGGCAAGAGCACCAUCGACACCGCCUAUGACGUCCCUGCCAUGGCCGAGUCACUCGACAUCAUCAGCGUGAUGGUGUACGACAUGCACGGAGCCUGGGAGCCAUUCACUCACCACAAUGCCCCUCUCUACGCCCAUCCACUCGAUCAAUCCGGCGACAACAGAUACUUCAAUGCCAACUACAGCAUGCGCUACUGGUUGAGCCUGGGAGCCCCGAGGGAAAAACUGGUGAUGGGAAUGCCGACCUACGGACGAGGUUUCUCCCUGGACAGACCGGAAGAGAACGGGUUCUACGCUCCCGCUUCGCAGGCUGGCAUGGCCGGGCCUUACACGAGGGAGGCUGGCAUCCUCGGCUUCAACGAGAUCUGCGAGAUCCAGAAGCAAUACGGAGACUUUCAGAGGCAUUGGAACCACGACGUGAAAGUCCCUUAUUGCACCUUCAACUCCAGGCAGUGGUUCGGAUACGACGACAUCGAGAGCAUCAGCCUCAAGGCUCAGCUGAUCGUGGACUUGAAUCUGGCCGGUGGGAUGGUCUGGUCCGUGGAGACGGACGAUUUCCGCGGGAAAUGCGGAUUGGGAAAUAAUCCCAUUCUCAACGCCAUCAAGAGAGUCCUCGAUGGGGGGCACGUCGAAGCCACGACUGCGGAUUCCUCCGUCACGAGUACCACCGGUACUAGUACCACGAGUACUUCGGCUCCGAGCCCUUCCACCACCUCCAGUGGACAGGGAGAGUGUUCUCAUGCCGGGUUUGGUUUGCGGAUAACUGCAUCUGGCCACAAGCUUCCCCCGAAUGUUGAUGCAGAAUCCCUGUCGCCCGAGAGCCAAAUAAAAACUUUGAAACGAUUCCGAGUCCGAUCGUCGAAGUCGCGGAAGGAACUGUAA